UCAGAAGAAUGUAUUGGCGUCAUCGGCAGCUGAUUGGCCGCCGUCUUGUGUCUGUCAGGGCUCGCAGCUGUCGGUGUGAACGGAGCCACUAAUGUCCCCUCAGUGCCCCCCCAGUAAUUGGCCUCAUUACCCGUCUGGAGAGAAUAGACUGCCCUCAUUAUAAGCUUAGGCUUGUGCUCCAUGACGCAGGCUGUCCGGGUCACCAAGCCGGGCACCCUGUAUGGUGUAUAAGGAGCGCUGCCCGGACACAUCGCUAUGCUAAUAGAGGGGCGUGUCUGGGAGGACCAGUGAGUGCAGGCGCCGCCACAGCGAUACCUCAUAUAUAAAGUAGUGAGGGGGAGAGCGCCGCACACUCAUUGCGGAUUACUAGCCCGAGCGGACCGGCCUGUGUGUACUGUACUGGAUCGCUCCGAGCUGGCAGCAUGGCAGAAGAGGAAGGCGGCGUGUGCCCGGGCUGCGACAGCACUAACUGCAACGUCCUCAGCUGGGAGCAAGUGCAGCGCCUGGACGCCAUCCUCACCGAGACCAUCCCCAUCCACGGACGGGGAAACUUCCCCACUCUGGAGAUGAAGCCGCGGCAGAUCGUGAAGGUGGUGCGGUACCGCCUGGAGGAGAACAACAUCAACGUGCGGGACGUGCGGCUGAACGGCUCUGCGGCCAGUCACAUCCUGCAUGAGGACAGCGGGCUGGGCUACAAGGACCUGGACCUCAUCUUCUGCGUGGACCUGAAGGGGGAGGCCGAGUUCCAGACCGUCAAGGAUGUGGUGCUGGACUGUCUGCUCGACUUCCUACCCGAAGGGGUUAACAAGGAGAAGAUCACCCCGCUCACCCUCAAGGAAGCUUAUGUACAGAAAAUGGUGAAAGUGUGCAACGAUUCGGACAAAUGGAGCCUGAUCUCCCUCUCCAAUAACCAUGGCAAGAAUGUGGAGUUGAAGUUUAUGGAUUCCUUGAGGAGGCAGUUUGAGUUCAGUGUCGAUUCCUUUCAGAUUAAGCUGGAUUCUCUUUUGUUAUUUUAUGAGUGCUCAGAGAACCCAAUGACUGAAACUUUCCAUCCAACUAUUAUUGGGGAGAGUGUGUAUGGGGAUUUCCAGGAAGCUUUUGAUCACCUUUGUCACAAGAUCAUUGCCACCAGAAACCCUGAGGAGAUCCGUGGAGGUGGCCUUUUAAAGUACUGCAACCUUUUGGUAAGGGGCUUCAGGGCAGCUUCAGAGUCCGAGAUGAAGUCCCUGCAGAGGUACAUGUGCUCUAGAUUUUUCAUUGACUUUUCAGACAUUGGAGAGCAGCAAAGGAAGCUGGAGUCUUACCUGCAGAACCACUUUGUAGGUUUAGAAGACCGCAAGUAUGACUAUCUCAUGACUCUACAUGGUGUGGUCAAUGAAAGCACAGUAUGUCUCAUGGGACACGAAAGAAGGCAGACUCUGAGCCUUAUCACCAUGCUCGCCAUCCGAGUGCUGGCUGAACAGAACAUUAUUCCCAACGUAGCCAACGUAACAUGUUACUACCAGCCAGCCCCCUAUGUAGCAGAUGCCAACUUCAGCAAUUACUAUAUUGCCCAGGUGCAGCCUGUUUUCACAUGCCAGCAGCAUACCUACUCCACUUGGCUACCCUGUAACUAGGACUGCCUGAGGAGGACGCUCCAUCUCCAUAUUAAGCAGGGGCAUACCCAGUUAUGUAAUAAGGUGUGAGUUUGACAACGAUGGUCUGCUCUAGGUUCAUAUCUUUGUGAAGCUUGUGGUUCAUAUAGAAUUCAUGAGAGCACAACCAGGAUGAUAAGCUCCUAAUAAAUUGGGUGCAGCCCCAGAGCACAAAGCAACCUGUCGUUUAAAGCUAGCGUCGCCUCCUGUAGUAUGGGAAAGGAGACCUGCUUAAUGUAAGUACAGGUUGGCAGUCCUGCUCACUUUACAUUUGAUAGAAAGAGGUUGGUUAGUCAAAAGGAAUUUGCAAAAAGGAGUAAAUGCUCUUUAACAUGUCCUUCUGAAUUUCAAUAUCUGUAGCAACGUGUGAAGGAAGAUGCUAGACUAAGCAUUUGGUGAUCUCGAGUCACGUAGAAUGUAUAACCUGCCUGCUCGCAUAAAAUGCUUUCUUGGACAUGGUGAACUGCAGUAGGGUGGUACAGUACUUGCAACUGUAAGAUAAGCCUAUUUCCAGAUAUCUGCACCAAUCACAUUGUACAAAUGUGACAGUGCUUAGAGAGAUAGUAGCAAAUGUAACGCUUGAGGACCAAAGAUUUCUUAAAGAUACAUACCCAAAACAGGAGGAGGAGAGGAGAUGUUAUUUGUGUACCUGUUUAUUUACUGUAUCAAAGUGCCUGUUUCCAACAUAUCUUUGUGAGUAAACCGCACAUUUUCGUUUAUCAGGGAUUUGAAAAUUUAAAACAAAAAAGGAGUUAAAAAAAAAAUUUCUAAUCUAAAUCCUGAACUUGUGAUGAACAGUGCAGUACAUGUCAUAUUUUUCCUUGGCAGACACUUGUAGAAGAUUUAUUUGUGAACUCUUUGCAUAGUCUCGCAGUGAGUGAGACGGAUUGAACUGUAGAUACAUGUAGCACUUAGAGAAUGUUCCAUGAAGAUCUGAGUGUUGGCCAGAUUCUCGGUAGAAAAGCCUUCCAAUGAGGUUUCAGCUCAGACCUGGAAAUUCUGUGAAAUUAACCCUUCUGACAAUGUCUUGUCUUUAAUCAUUCCCCUUUAAGAAAGCCUAGAGCGUGGAGGUGUUGGCAGAUAAAGAUCAGUCAGUGGAGUAUUCUAGAAUUCAUUCGAAACUUAAUGGCGAUCCAAUAAAGUCCUCAGUGGAUCUCCAGUCUGCUCCAUCUGUUUGGAUCAAUGCAUUGCUGCAUAAUAGAACACUAGAGGUAUUUAAUGUGAAAACUAGCUGAAUUGCACGGCUCUUGUAGCUCAGUCUUUGUCUGUAUCAUAACUUUGCUGUUAUUUCAGAGUUUACAAUGUUGGUACUGUAACGCAUACUCAGUGUCUCUGAAUGAAGCAGCUUUUCCAUUUACUCUGUAUUUUGCAGGCAGACCCUAUAUCUAAUGUUAACCCUCCAGGAGCCAGGGUUCCACACAUUAUUUUGUAUAGCAAUACAACAUUCAUCUCAGCAGGGUACAGCAGACAGCAGGACACUGUGAUAAGUAACGUAUGGCAGCCCUGGACAGCCCCUUGUUUACUACUAGUUGUGAUUUAUCUUUUGGGCCUGCCGUUGCUCUUACAGUCUGUUGCCGCCAUCUGAUGUGCACAGACAUGACUGAUAGAUUCAGUAUCUGGAUUCAUUUAUUGUUUCCCAGCUCCUGGAGCUUACUAAAUCAUUGCUAAAGUAGAACUAUGCACUUUUGCCUGGCCUUUUGUUCCUCAGAUGCAGGGUCUUCUUUGUAAAUCACUGCAAGUAUGGCCAUUUGGACGCCAUCAUAUCCAUAUGUUGCUGGCUUUUGUUAGUGACAUAUUUACUUGCCUGUUGCAGAAGUGAGGUGUUUUCUAGUUAUUGGCAUGAGAUAUCAGAAAUUUGUGUAUUUUGCAUGUCUGAUAGAACUCUUGUGCCAAAUAAGACCCUUUAAUCCUGGUAGCAGUGUGUUGACAGCUUAGUAACCUGUACAGAUCACUAUUGACACUGUGCAGAAAAGUCCUAUUUAACCUCAGCAGCAGCAAAGUCUUUGAGCUGAAGUGCCGUCGGGUCUGGCAGUUUAGUGGUUAAGUCUGACUCUGGCCCCCAAGGCUUCUUUUGAGGCUAUUUGCUGGGAUUGAAAUCCUGUCAUUGUUCAGAGUUCUGGAAAUUGCUAGAUCGAAUAUCUGUCUCCCUUUUUCCCCCUUCAUAUCCAGUCUUUAAAUGCUGUUUUAGCAGGAAUCUGAUUUGUUUACUGUAGCACCAUUCCUGUGAAUUUAGCAGGAUCUGUUAAAGCUAUUGCACUGCCACUCUGUUUACACGGACAUUUCUGGCCUUUUCUGUGACUGCUCCUGUCUGUUUUCUGUUUGGUAGAUGGAGAGCCCUCCGUGAUUGAUAGUGAAGCGAGGGGCGCCAUUCCUAGGAUGCAGACAGUAAAUCAGAAUUGAGAUGUGCGUGUCUAAAUCAAACAGUAUCCAUAGAUAGAUUCACAGGUCAGGAAGGGGAUGGCUGGGGAAAUAGGAUCAGCUGGUGACGGGGUAUAGCCACAACUAUUUGCAUUGCACAAAUAGCUCAUCUCUUAGUGUUAGGUGUGGAAAUACAUCUAGUUCUAGCACAAGCACCACUAUAGGAUAUCCCCCGGUAGAAUGCAAUCUUUACACCACGUUUAUUAUUAUUCUACAUUUGACAUUUCACUUAGUUCGGACAUUUUUGGAUUUUACGCUUGGCUGCAGCUGGUCUCCUUUCCAGCAGCCAGGACACAGAUGUACUUGUUCUACCCAUAGUUUAUUUAGGCUUUAAUGCACAUUUUAUUCAUCAUGGUUCCCAACCCCAUUUUCUGCAGUAUUUCUGUACAGCCUUUUCUUGUAGCAAUCAGUGGAAAUGACUUGUCUGUCAUCCAAUAUGUUGCAAUUGGAGAAUUUGCAGGCGAGACAAAGCCCCCUUUGAAAUCCUUGACUCCUUAAACACCAGCCAUUGGACAGUUUGUAUGGCAGACGGAUUUAUUGCUAAUCUUUGUCGAGAUAAACCUAAUACAAAUGUGAUGAAACAUCAGAACUCUUUCAAGCCAAACCAUUGUAUUUUGUCGCACAAAAAAAAAAUGCACGGGUGUUGUCUAAGGGGAGGGGGGGGGCAGUGUUAACUUUGUACUUUCUUAAUAUUAUUUUGCUUUCCACACUGAUGCUUUUACUUUCCGUACAUAUAUUUUAUUCAGAGUUUUAAAUGAUUCAUGUAAAAUGCUUUGUACAUGACUUGUAUUCUGUUGUUGGUUGAUGACUUUGCCAAUUAAAAAGAAAAAAAAAAUACAACAGAGAAAAUUAUAACAAAAAAAAAAAAAUUUUCUUGAAAUAUUUCCUUGUAGACUUUAAUGUCUUAGAGAUAAUUCUGCCAAAGCAGAAAUAUAUUUUACAUAUCUAUAACAAUGUGUGGUGGUUUUUUGCAAACUGGGGAUUUCAACGUAAAGUAAUUGGAGAUGUAAUAUGAGGUUGCAUGCGAGCGAAGAAGCUGCAAACUAGAGAAUUCUAAUAGGAAGUAGCUUGGCUCACUGUGCUCUCAACCUUUCUCUAUAGAAUAUGAACCCUGCCUCUUUGCAGCUGCAGCUUCUGCUCCCCUGGAAUACAUUGACCGCAAGCUAAGGACAGGCAGAAGAGCCGAUGGGAUACACGGGCUGCUGGCAUUCAUAGUUAGAGAAAGGAUUGUGAAUCUUGUUUACAGCGUCCAAUAUUUGG